CUGUUGUGAAGUUGAUCAGUCUGCUCAGAAAACUUACAGAGGGGAAAGUGUUUUGGAAUCGGAAAGUCCAGAAUUUCAGUGCGCAACCACUUGCGCACAAACUGGACUACUGGAGAAUACCCAAGUGAAACAUUUUAUAUGUAUAUAUAUUUGUAUGAAAAAUCCACCGGAUUCGUCUUCAUCGUCUAUUUUUCAUCAAAGACUGUUUUUAUUUUCUCAUUUUUAAGACACCCCAACCUGUGCUUUCACUUUGCAUGCGGAGUUUUCACUCGAAUCUGAGCCAAACGUUCACGCGUUCUCAUAUCUGGUUCUUGCUCUCUUUUUUUUUUUCAUUUAAAUUGGACCUCUUUCACUUUGAAACGAAGCAUGGCUCUUCUUGUGCUGGGUACAUUUCUCACGGCGUUGUCCAUCAGCGGAGGCUCUUUCGUGCCGUGCGAGCCGUGCGAUCAGAAGGCACUCUCCAUGUGUCCUCCGGUCCCGGUGGGCUGUCAGCUGGUGAAGGAGCCCGGCUGCGGCUGCUGCUUGACUUGCGCUCUGGCGGAGGGGCAGGCGUGCGGGGUGUACACCGGUACAUGCACGCACGGACUGCGCUGCCUGCCGCGCAACGGCGAGGAGAAGCCGCUUCACGCCCUGCUGCACGGCAGGGGAGUGUGCACGAACGAGAAGGGAUACAAACCACCGCACCCAUCCAUUGAUCGUGAAUCAAUAGAGCAUGAUGAUACAGUGAAGCCAGACACGCCUGAAGACCAGAUUCCUAAAAUUCCCCUUUACCCCAAACCAGACGUAAUCAACAGCAUGAAGAAUGCUGCAGUGCGCAAGGACAAGAAGAAACAACUGGAGAAGCAUCGGUCACUGGUGUUGAUGGACUACUCCCCCCUUCCACUCGACAAGCAUGAGCCUGAAUUUGGUCCCUGCAGAAGGAAACUGGAUGGAAUCAUUCAAAGUAUGAAAGACACCUCCCGCGUCAUGGCUCUUUCCCUCUACCUGCCUAACUGUGACAGGAAGGGCUUCUUCAAGCGCAAACAGUGCAAGCCCUCCCGUGGCCGGAAACGAGGCAUCUGCUGGUGCGUGGACAAAUAUGGCGUGCAGCUGCCCGGCACUGACUACAGCGGCGGUAACAUCCAGUGCAAGGAUUUGGAGAACAGCAACAACAACGAGUGAGAAUCAACCCACCCUGAUCACCAGACCUAGGGCCCACCUCCUUGUCCUGUCCCACCAGUCUACCCGCCAGUCACUUUGAGAUUUUGAUGCAAAACGACAAAGAAACACAACAGCUAUUACAAAUAACGAACAAUCAGACUAAAAAUAAAAUGUUAAUGUGAGAUUAUCCACAGGAAACAUUUUGACUGAGCGCUCAUCUCUCUCUCACUGGACUCAGCCAAUCAAAGGAGCCCCCUUCUAGAGAUGAGUCCCGGCAACAACAAUAAUAAAAAAAUGCUAAAAAAAAUUAUAU